AGCCCACGGCGGGGCGACGGCGGGAGCGGAGCUGAGCGACGAGCGGAGCGGAGCGGCGGCGUUCGCUGCCGCCCUCCCCGCAGUGCGGCGGCGGUUGUCUGGUAUCUGCUCAGAGUCUGAUAAGGCUUCCAGGAUUCACUUUCAAAGUUCAUCUGGAACGCAGGUCAACACUGCAGAGACAAAGCAGUGUUUACAAGGAUGUCUUGUUCUUGGUAAAACUUUCAGUGGAAACUGCUUGCUGGGAAAGGAAAAUCUGAUCUGUAGAAACUGUGGAGAUGGAGACUUAUGCAGCUAUUGCAGAACAACUAUGCUGAGUCCUUGGAUUCCAAGUCUUGUUGAUGCCAGUGAGAUUGAUACCUGGGCCUUCAAGAGAAGAGACUUUCUGAUAGACCCACUCCACUCCAUUCAAGCCUAUGACUGGGGGUUUCACGGUAGCACCAUCCUUUGCUCUCCAGUUGCACAAGAUGGGUUCAUUCAGAAGACCCCGGCCUCGCUUUAUGAGCUCUCCAGUGCUCAGUGACCUGCCGCGUUUCCAGGCGGCUCGGCAGGCCCUGCAGCUCAGCUCCAACUCGGCAUGGAACAGUGUUCAAACAGCAGUGAUAAAUGUGUUUAAAGGGGGAGGCUUGCAGAACAAUGAACUUUAUACCCUCAAUGAAAAUAUCAGACGGCUGCUGAAGAGUGAACUGGGAUCCUUCAUCACUGAUUACUUUCAGAACCAGCUCCUUGCGAAAGGCUUGCUGUUCAUAGAGGAGAAGGUUAAGCUGUGUGAAGGUGAGGAUCGCAUUGACAUCCUGUCUGAAAUUUGGGAUCACUACUUUACAGAGACUCUUCCUACACUCCAGGCAAUAUUCUACCCAGUCCAGGGUCAGGAGUUGACCAUCCGCCAGAUUGCUCUUCUUGGCUUCAGAGACUUGGUCUUGCUAAAAGUGAAGUUGGAAGAAAUUCUUCCUCUGGUCCAGACAAAGCUUCCAGCUUCCAUUGUCCAGAUGCUGUUAAUUCUGCAGAGUGUCCAUGAGCCCGAUGGCCCCAGUGAGAGCUACCUACAGCUGGAAGAAUUGGUCAAGCAGGUGGUGUCUCCAUACUUGGGUUUGUGUGAGGAUCACAGCUUCUCUGGUAGCACCUGCUUGCUUGAGAGACGGUACUCCAGAUCCCGUUCCAAGGCUGGCGGACUGACUUACUCCUCUCACCUGGUGACCAAUCGGCAGCCCAGUGAGAUGGCCCUGACACCUCUGACGGAGCAGGAGGGUGAGGCUUAUCUGGAGAAGUGUGGCAGCAUCCGUCGCCACACUGUCGCCAAUGCUCACUCAGAUAUCCAGCUCCUGGCGAUGGCCUCCAUGAUGCACACAGGCAUGGUGAUCGAGGAGUCAGACAGUAAUGACAAAUGUCUCCUCCUGCAGCCCAGUUUCAGCCACAGGCAGUGUUCCAGUGAGCCCAGUAUCGCUGAUGGGCCCGAGGGAGGCAUGGCAACAGGGAGGCAGGACUCAGCAGAGCUGAACUGCACAUCAGUCAGCUAGAAGCCUCUCUGAGGAGAGGAAGAUGGUAUGUGCUAAGCUGGACAAAUCCUCAUGUCAGCCAUCUUGGGGAAAAAAAGGAAAAUUGGAGUUUUGCUCCUGGUGUUGAAAUGGCCUUGGAUGAUCCAAUGUCUCUCUGGGAAUGCUCUCCAGACUUGUUUUCCUUGCCUGUUUGUGAUUGUUGUUGAUAGAGGUACCAGCCUGCUCCUGAGUGAGCACGGUGGGCUGCGAAGUUGAACAUUGCUGUUUACCUUCUGUAAGAUCUUUGACUGUACUAACCUAAACGUUUUGGCCUCGGAAGGUUUCCUUCUGUUUCUUUCUGAUGAUACAGAUGAGCCUCUUUCUGCUUUUCUUUCCUGGUUUUGUGCUACUUGUUUGCAUCAGAGGACACCAUGCUUGAUGUUCUUAGCUUCUGUAGCUGAAGUGGUGAUGCCUAAGGCCUGCCUUUUUCUCUACUGAAGUUGAACUCAGGGAUGAAACCACUUGCAUCUCGCAGAAAGAUCUGCUCAGAUGGGUUGUGAGAGGAGAUCCUUCAUUUGCUUCCCACAGUGUGCGUGAAAAGAAUCUUGAAGAAACCAGAAUUUUUUAGCCCACACCUGAACAGAACUGGAUAUGCAUGGAGUGCCAGCUGAGCUCCGUGCUCCAGUGUGCUUUAUUUAGUUCCAGUAAUGUCUUUGGGGUUGGUGUUAUAAAUUAAGCACAAAGGAGGAAGGUAUAAAGUGAGAGCAGAUACAGUCCUGAGCAUCCCUGUGUUUGGCUUCAAAUUGCCAUUGACGUUUUUUUGGAGUGGUACAGCUGCAAUGAAAGAAAUCCAAAUGAGUCCAUUCAGAAAGGGAAUGCCCAUGCAGUUCUACUGGGAGAGAGCUGAAGGUGCUUCUCCAGGAUGACUGUCAUGAGUGCAGAGCAGGAGGUGAUGUAUGGGGCUUCUUCCUUGAGCUGCUCUGGUACUCCCUGCACCUGCAGGCUUUGUGAGACUGGAGAUAAGCAGCUGGGUGCAGAACGGAGUGCUGUCCUUGUAGCACAUUUGUGAAGUGCUCCUGACCUCCAGUGGUAUUUUGCUCAGUGCAGCACUUCUGUAAGAUGAAGCGAGGACUGCUUGCAGACUUUCUUCCUGUUUUUGUUUUGAAGAUUAGGAGUGGGUCCAGGCUGUCAGUGUGUCGGGAGCUGCAGUGCCCACUGUAUGGCACCACUCGGUUCUCAACUGCUGCUUCUGUGGGAGCAGAACCGAUUUGUUGGAGCAGUCCUCUGGUGCCUUGCUAAGCAGAUUUGCAAGUGUAAUUACAGGCUUAGAGGUGAACUGAAAUGCUGCCUUAAAUGUCAAAUCCCAUUAAAAAUGUGGAUAUAACAGCACAGCCACUAGUAUCCAGUCCCUGUGGUACUGAUUGCAAAUAAAUCUAUCCUGACAAGGAAACGGGAACUUAGGAUGAGCUUUCAGGAUCUGUUUUUGCACACGUUGAUGUUAACAGCAGAAUUUGCCCUGCUGCCAUUGGGCAUUAAGCACCCUCUAUUGCUCGGACCUGCUGGGAUUUGACUUCAGUGGCAGGUGCUGCAAAAAGCAGCGGAUGGUUAUUUUACCACAAAGCACCAGAAAAGCCAGCAGCGAGCACAAGUCUUGCUGUCUGUGUACAUGAGGGUGUUGCUUUGUCUCCUGUGGUUUGCAAAUCUUGAGAUACGUGGAAGGGGCUGUUUUCUUGUAGUUGGUCACCUGUGGCACCCUUCCUGCUGGCCUUUGUAGAAAUGCAGUGUUCUUGUCCCUAGCUGCAAUUAUGUGGAAGGAGAUUUGGUUGUGCUGUUUGCCUCCUAGGAAGGAUGUGUCUGGGGAGGCAGGAAGAGGGGGAUUCAAGCAGUCCUUCCUUUAAAUGGAUUCCAAGGGAAGUUGCCUUAUUCCUAAAUGGGACUGAUUGUGCCACCCUGAUGCUGUCACACGCAGUGAUGUGCAGCCUUCUCGUGGACACGUGGGGAAGUGGUGAUCCUGCAGCAUUUCAGCUCCUAUAUGUGCUUCAUUUCAGCUCCCAUAUGUGCUUCAUUUCAGCUCCUAUAUGUGCUUCUCAUCUCUUCUACUUCUCAUUUCCCUUUUGUAAAUGCGCAAAGUGAGCAGCGCCUCCUUCUGUGAUGAAAAUGAAUAUGAUUUAUUUCCUGACACACUCUUGGAUCAUCUCUGGGGCUAAUAGGAACCCAGUCCUGGUUUUAACUUGAAUGUCUUUUGUUUUACAUGUAUUUAUAAUUUGAAUCUCUUUGAUUUUGUACCUGUUACGUUGCGGAAAUUUGCACCGAGCCACUCUGAAUUGAGCACUUCCCCCGGUUGUUUGGAUGUUUUGUUUGGGAGAAUUAAAGCUGGUGGCUUUACUUUUUAAA